AUGCCGGGUAACGACAUAGAUAUUUAUUUGCAGCCUUUGAUAGAUGAGUUGAAGCAAUUAUGGGAUGGCAUUGAAACAUAUGAUGCCAAAGAGGGAAACACUUUCAAGAUGUGUGCGGCACUAAUGUGGACUAUCAGCGACUUUCCAGGAUUGGGAAACCUAUCCGGCUGGAAUACGCACAGUGGGUUAGCCUGUCCUACGUGUAACUUAGAUGCUAAGCCACAUCGGCUGAAAGGCAGUCAAAAAUGGUGUUUCAUGGGCCAUCGACGCUUUUUAAACCAGGGACACAAAUACAGACUAGACCGGAAUAGAUUUGAUGGGCAGGUCGAAGGUAGAGACCCGCCAAAGAAGUUAUCCGGAACAGAUGUAUUGAGGCAGCAGUCUAAUGUGCACGUUUCAUUUGGGAAGAGUUCAAGUGUGACAUCUAAAAAAAGACGCAAUGGCCAGGAUGCGGAUGAAGAUGAUUCACAUUGGAAGAAAAAGAGUGUUUUCUUUGACCUCCCGUACUGGGAGGAUCAGAUGUUGCGUCAUAACCUCGAUGUGAUGCAUAUAGAGAAAAACGUGUGUGACAAUGUGGUAUUCACUAUCUUAAACGAUAGCAGCAAAUCAAAGGACAAUCUAAAAGCUCGCAGAGAUUUACAAUGCAUGGGUAUAAGGCCUGAAUUAUGGCUGGGGGAAGGUGGUAAAUAUCCUUCUGCAAUAUUUGCGAUGUCAAAUUCACAGAGGGAUGUUUUCUUGAAGACUUUGCAGAAUGUGAUAUUUUCAGAUGGUUACUCUAGCAACGUUGCUCGUUGUGUUGAUUUGCGACAGCGCAAGUUAUUUGGGUUGAAAAGUCAUGACUGUCAUAUUCUGAUGGAACAAUUACUCCCAAUUUUGGUGAAGUUUUCACUUCCAAGUUCGGUGUCCAAUGUGAUUGCAAAUUUGUCGUCAUUUUUCCGAGAACUUUGUGGGAAAGCCAUAAACCCUAUGCAGCUUGCUGAGCUUCAGAAUCAUAUUGUGCAAACCUUGUGUCAGAUGGAAAUGAUUUUUCCUCCAUCCUUCUUCACCGUCAUGGUUCACCUCACCGUGCAUCUCGUUGAUGAGGUUACUCUUGGUGGACCCGUACAUUAUAGGUGGAUGUAUCCAAUAGAAAGGUAUUUAGGACGUCUGAAGCAAUAUGUUCGUAAUAGAGCACAACCGGAAGGCUCAAUUGCAAAAGGCUAUUUAUCUGAGGAAAUCCUGACUUUCUGUUCUAGGUAUUUGGAUAAUAUUAAGACUAGAAUUAACCGACCAGGGCGAGUUGACGAUGAGCCUGUUGACGUUCCUCACAAUUCAGAGGAGAGUAUCUUCCCAGCUAUUGGCAAGGCAUUAGGGGCAGUUUCGCAUUUCGAACUCACUCCAAUGGAAAAACAUCAAGCUCAUCGGCAUGUGCUAGUCAACUGCGAUGCCGUUGUUCCGUUCCUUGAUACAUUUAGGGAAAAGACAAAGCGAAGCAUGCAUCAUCAGACAAGGUCCCCAGCUAAGAUUGAUAGUGUCGUCCAUACAGAAUUUCCUCGGUGGUUCAAUGCUCAGGUUCUUCUGGAAAGUACUAUUCAAUCGAAAGAGCUGAAGUUGCUUGCGUGCGGUCCCAUGACUCAGGCCAGACGUUUUGGGGCAUAUAAUGUUAACGGGUACAAGUUUCGAACUGUCACAAAGGAAAACGGGAUAAAAACACAAAAUAGUAGAGUAUAUGUAUCAUCUAAUAUGAGAAGUUAUGCAAGCAUGCGUGAUAAUAGAGUGGCUGUUGGUGGUGUUCCGUAUUACGGAAAAAUUAUAGACAUAAUUGAGUUGAAUUACAGUUGUUCCUUCACAGUGGUAUUGUUCAAAUGUGUUUGGGCUGAUACCACUACCAGUAGAGGCAUCAAACAAGACUAUUUGGGGCUUACCAGCGUUAAUUUCUCUCGUCCAAUACACACUGGUAAUCGUGAAGAAGAUGAACCGUACAUAUUGGCAUCAGAAGCUCAGCUUGUAUACUAUGUGGAUGAUGAAGUAGCUAAAGAAUGGAGUGUUGUGGUUCAUGAGAAACCAAGGGAUUUGUAUGACAUGGGAGAAGAGAAUGAAGAAGCUGAAGUUGGUUUUUCUCCGCAACCAGGGUUGAACAUGUCAGCGGAAGGUGACAUUGGAGAUUUACUGUUGACAAGGGAGGAGGAUAUAGAAGACCUCAUAGAAAAUGUCUCAGAGAAUUUCGAUGAUGUCGCAUAA